UGUGGGUCAUCCUGCACUGCCUUGGAGGGCUCGAUAACUAUAUCUAGUGUAGCGUCUUGUCUAGAUUAGAGUUUUCUACUGUCGAAUGCAUGCUUAUUACCAACAAUGCUCAUUGUCAUAGCACUAAUCAUCAUUUCACCUUCAUUUGCUGAUGACGUCAGCAGAUGUCCCGCCACCAUCAAAGCCAGCCAGUACGUCCGUGCAUUUAGAGAUCGGUGCUACGAGUUCGCCAUCUAUCGCGAGGAGUACUGGGAAGAUGCAUCGAAGGACUGUAUCCACAAGGGCGGUUCUUUAGCAACUGUCAACGACCUCGCCACACAAAAAUUCUUCGAGACCUCACUCUCCAGUCUGAAAUCCACGAGGCACGGCAUCUGGAUUGGUUUGAAUGACAGAGCUUCAGAGAAUCACUAUACCUGGGUGUCAGGAGAGCAAACCAAGUUCACGUACUGGGCUAGCGGCGAGCCAAGUCUACUACACGGGAUUGAGGACUGUGUUCUGAUGAGGAAUUCUGACAGUUACCACUGGGAGGACCAGCCUUGCGGCCUCUGGCCCAAAUAUUACAGCUACAUAUGUCAGUAUGACAUGUUGACGACAACAACAAUGACAACAACAACGACAACUACGACAACCACAACACCAACUACAACAACCACGACCACUACAACAACAACAACAACAACAACCACGACAACUACAACAACCACGACCACUACAACACCAACCACAACGACAACCGCAGCAACUACAACUACUUCGUCGCCCUGUCAGCUUCUGUCCUGUACACUUGACUGUUCUCUCAAUGGCUUCAAGACUGGACCAGAUGGUUGCCCAAUAUGCAGCUGCGAUUCACGGUAGCCAUGGCGGAUAUUUGGGGAUGAUUCACAUGUUUUUGGUGUUGCUGGAGAUCAUGAUUCAUGUUGAGAAAUAAACUAUAAGGUUGUAGUGCA